AUGGGAGAUGUCAUCAAUUGCACGAGAUUUCUUUGUCGAGCCGAUGACUUGGUUUCAUUACCAGAAGAACCAAUCGAGAUUCCAAGAAUUCCUCUUAUUUCACUUGCAUAUCGUGUUGGAACUCUUUUGAGUGUAUUUGGCGAGAAAACAAAUGAACAACAUUUGAUAAAUGCUCUUCAACAAACUGUUUGGCAAUGGCGAGAACAAGGAAUACCAGUUAACUCUUAUGAAUUUGCGUCGUAUCCAAGAUUAGAUGUAUUUCCGGCUCAAUACGUCAUCUUUCUGGAAUUGAUUGAAGAUCAAGAACACAAGAUUGAUGCACAACAACUUCAAAUUCUCAAGAAUACCGUCAAUGCAGAAGUCGAACAAGAACUUUGCAAAGCGAACCAAAAUUAUCAAAAUAGUCGAAGUUCAACAAAGCUUGGUCCGCUUAAUGCUAUUCUUGUACGAAGUGGAACAUUCUCAACUUUUUUGAACAAGUUCUUGUGGACUGAUAACGCAAGUCCUGUGCAAAUCAAGCCUCAUCGAAGGUUGAGGAAUGAAGAACACAUUAGAUUCUUUUAUGAUAAUCAAAUUGAUACAUCAUUUUUCUAAUUGUGACUCUUCUUGCAACAAUAAUAACAAUCGAGUCGAUUCGCAUAUGAUAUGUCGGCAAUUUAUUUUAGAUUUUAAUAGUGAUUUGUUUGAAUUAAUUAAUGCUUAAUUUCUUCUUAUUUUACAACAAUAAAAGAAAUAAAUAUAUUAUCAUUUAAAUUCCUCUUGCCAUUCUAUUCUAGCUACAAAAAGAUUCGAUAUCCAAUAUCAUUCCAAUAAUUGACGAUCUAAGGCUAGAGAGAUUGCAACACUCAUAGCGCCACUACCGGUUGUCAUUAUUUACUACUAUAUUAUAUCUUUUCACUGUUGAAACGAAUUUACCACAUUACUCAGAACAUCACUAAACUUUGCUUGAAUGCAAAGCUACUUUCUAACUA